AUUACACACUUACUACUAUAAUACUCUGCAUUUUUCCCUUUCUCUCUCUAAAACCCAAAAAGCUCAGUGAGUGAGUGAGUGAGUGAGAGAGAAAAAACACAACCCAGCUGUUUUCUUCUCUCUCUCCUCUCUCUCUCUCUCCAUAUAAAGCAAGUGUAGAAUAAAGAGCAAGGAACAAAGAAUAAAGCCAUUGCUUUUGUGAAAUCACAAGAGACUCAUUGGGGGUUUAUGGAAAUGGGUUUGAAGAUUGUAAUGUGGAAAGUGUUGUUAAUGGUGGUGGCGUUAUUGUGUUCAUGGGUUUCUUGUGGCACAGCCUCUGUAUCAUAUGACAGUAAGGCCAUCAUUGUUAAUGGGCAACGGAGGAUCUUCAUUUCUGGAUCUAUUCACUAUCCACGGAGUACUCCUGAGAUGUGGCCAGAUCUUAUCCAGAAAGCAAAAGAAGGAGGUUUGGAUGUUAUACAGACCUAUGUUUUCUGGAAUGGACAUGAACCUCAACCUGGCAAGUACUAUUUUGAGGAGAGGUAUGAUCUGGUUAAAUUUAUUAAGCUGGUGAAGCAAGCAGGCCUUUAUGUUCAUCUCAGGAUUGGCCCCUAUGCUUGUGCUGAAUGGAAUUUUGGGGGUUUCCCUGUUUGGCUCAAGUAUGUUCCAGGUAUCAGUUUCAGAACAGAUAAUGGUCCUUUCAAGGCUGCAAUGCAAAGAUUUACAACAAAGAUUGUAGAUAUGAUGAAAGCAGAAAGGUUAUUUCAAUCUCAUGGUGGACCAAUAAUUCUAUCCCAGAUUGAGAAUGAAUAUGGGCCGAUGGAGUAUGAACUCGGUGAUCCUGCUCGAGCUUAUUCAGAAUGGGCAGCUAAAAUGGCUGUGGAUCUCGAAACCGGAGUCCCAUGGGUCAUGUGCAAGCAAGAUGAUGCCCCUGACCCAAUUAUCAACACUUGCAAUGGUUUCUACUGUGACUACUUCUCUCCUAAUAAGGCUUAUAAACCUAAGGUUUGGACUGAAGCCUGGACUGGCUGGUUUACUGAGUUUGGAGGUCCAGUUCCUUACCGUCCAGCUGAAGACUUGGCAUUUUCAGUUGCAAAGUUUUUUCAGAAAGGGGGGUCUUUCAUUAACUAUUAUAUGUAUCAUGGAGGAACAAACUUCGGCAGGACUGCUGGUGGUCCUUUUAUUGCCACUAGCUAUGAUUAUGAUGCUCCUCUCGAUGAAUUCGGACUAUUAAGGCAGCCUAAAUGGGGCCAUUUGAAAGAUCUGCACAGAGCAAUAAGGCUUUGUGAGCCGGCUUUACUAUCUGGAGAUCCUGCUGUGAUGCCUCUUGGAAACAAUCAAGAGGCCCAUGUUUUCAAAUCAAAAUCUGGAGCUUGUGCUGCUUUUCUUGCAAAUUACGACUCACAUUCCUUUGCAAAAGUGGCUUUCGGCAAUAUGCAUUACAACCUGCCUCCUUGGUCUAUCAGCAUUCUUCCAGACUGUAAAAACACUGUAUAUAACACAGCAAGGGUGGGUGCUCAAAGUGCUCAGAUGAAGAUGACUCCUGUUACACAAUUCUCUUGGCUGUCAUACAAUGAAGAAACGGCAUCUUAUGAUGACACUUCAUUUACUACAGUGGGAUUGUUGGAGCAGAUAAAUACCACCAGAGAUGUCACUGAUUAUUUGUGGUACAUGACAGAUGUCAAGAUCGACGGCGAUGAAGGAUUUUUAAGGAGUGGGUAUUAUCCCGUCCUUACCGUCCUAUCUGCUGGUCAUGCUUUGCAUGUUUUCAUCAACGGUCAACUAUCAGGAACUGUCUAUGGAAGUUUAGAAUACCCAAAACUAACAUUUAAUCAGGGUGUGAAUCUGAGAGCUGGUGUCAACAAGAUUUCAUUGCUAAGCAUUGCUGUUGGUCUUCCGAAUAUUGGUCCGCAUUUCGAGACAUGGAAUGCUGGUGUGCUUGGCCCGGUUUCCCUUAAUGGUCUCAAUGAGGGGAGGAGAGACUUGUCGUGGCAGAAAUGGUCUUACAAGAUUGGUCUAGAAGGAGAAGGUUUAAGUCUUCAUUCUCUCAGUGGAAGUUCCUCUGUUGAGUGGAUAGAUGGUUAUUUGGUUUCUCAGAAGCAGCCUUUGACAUGGUACAAGACUACUUUCAAUGCUCCACCUGGAAAUGAACCUUUGGCUUUAGAUAUGGGUAGCAUGGGGAAAGGUCAGGUAUGGAUAAAUGGGCAAAGCGUUGGACGCUACUGGCCUGGAUACAAAGCAUCUGGUAGUUGUAGUGCAUGUAAUUAUGCCGGCUAUUUUGAUGAAAAGAAGUGCCUUAGCAAUUGUGGGGAAGCUUCCCAAAGAUGGUAUCAUGUUCCUCGUUCCUGGCUGAACCCGACGGGUAAUUUGUUGGUUGUGUUCGAAGAAUGGGGUGGAGACCCAUCUGGCAUUUCUUUGGUGAAGAGAGAAAUACAAAGUGUUUGUGCUGAUAUUUUUGAGUGGCAGCCAACUCUAAUGAAUUGGCAGAUGCAGUCCUCUGGUAAAGUGAAUAAAGCCCUUAGGCCUAAGGCUCACUUGUGGUGUGCCCCUGAUCAAAAGAUCUCAUCAAUUAAAUUUGCUAGCUUCGGAACCCCAGAAGGGGUUUGUGGAAGUUUCCGAGAGGGGAUGUGUCAUGCCCACCACUCCUAUGAUGCUUUUGAAAAGUACUGCAUUGGGCAACAAUCAUGCUCAGUAACUGUAGCACCUGAGAUGUUUGGGGGAGAUCCAUGUCCAAAUAUCAUGAAGAAACUUUCUGUAGAAGCCAUUUGCAGCUGAUGAUGCAGAGCAUUCGAAGUUCAAGAAGGUCCCUCGAUAUUUCUUUUUACACUUCCAUACGAAUUUCCCAUAGAUUUUACCAUUCUUCAAGCUUGCCGCCACCAUUGGUUUCGGCUUUGCCAGAGUGAAGUUGUAGAAAUAUACAACACACUAUCUGGUGCAAGGCCAAUAUAUAUAGAAUGUGAAGAUAUGAUUAUGGAUAGAAUAGGUGUUGUCUGUCAGAUCUUUGUCUGCAGUGUCAAACAUAAGUUAGAAGGGGGGUUAUGCUUUAGUUUUUAUUAUUAUUAUUAUUAUUAUUAUUAUUAUUAUUAUUUUAAUUAUCUUAACAUGUAAGCUCUUUGCUUUCAGUGAUUUCAAAAAUUGUAUGUUUCAAUGUAACUUUCUUGGAAGCAAUUGUUUCAUUGCUUUGUCCUUGUAAUAAGGUUUUGUAAGGGUAAUAAGUUAAUAAUAAUAUCAAGCUUUCCAAA